UGGCUGGCUGGCAGACUGGCGGGGGGCUGGGGGCGGCGGGGGGCAAGGAUGAGAGCCAGCGGCUAGAGCGCCGCCCCCAGCAUUUGUGACUUGACCCCCUAGUCCGGGAAGGCGCAGCCUCAGGAGUGGAAUGAGCAUCCCCAGGGCAGGGCGUGUCCCAGCUCUUGUUCCUGCCCAGAUUAUACGUAGGAGAGUGGCUGAAUCAUAUAAUGAUAAUCAGACGUGUUACCUGGUAUUCAGAACAGCUUAGAGCAAAGAUUGGACUGUGGUAUCUUCUGAUAUUGAUCAUAACAAGAUCUACUGAAUAACUAAGGUGGAUACAGGGUAUAUGUUUCACAAUGGUGUGGAUCUUAUUGAGCAUGACCUCUUUUCUAUUAUCAGAUGAUUCUGGGACCAAAAGCUGCAGAAAUGUGACUAAACCAGAGCAGCCACUCCUUCCACCAUGAUGUUCUUCCACAAGCUGCGGCUGCUCUCCUGGUCCAGCCCUGCUCUCCAUUUCUUCUUCUUGACAAUCAUAACAUUUGGCAUUUUGGCCCCUCUGACUUGCCAUCACCUCCUCCACUCUUACUUCUAUGCACGCCACUGGCACCUGAACCAGAUGAGUGAGGAGUUCUUGAAGCAAAGCAUGAAGGAAGGGGAGGCUGCACUCCACUACUUUAAGACACUCCAGGCCCUCAACAUCACCCUGCCCAAAGGCAGGCAGGUCCCCUCACGGCCCUGGCUCCUGAUCACCAUCAUUACAGUGUACCGACAGCCUGAGUUCCACUAUGUCUUGCAGGUGGCAUCUAAGUUCCAUCGCCUCCUUCAGCAGUGUGGUCAGCCGUGCCUAAGUCAUCAGCUCUUCCUGUGUGAUGUGGAUUCGGGGCCCAGACACCAGGAUGCCAGGCUGCUGGCCAAUUUCAUCCCUGUAACCAGCAGAUUCACGGGUACCAAGGGGGCAAACAUUAGCAGAAAUGUCUUCAGGAAUGCGUUUGAGAAAGAGAAGCAGGACUAUGUCUAUUGCCUUCAGAAAUCCCUGCAGAACUACAACCCAGAAUAUAUCCUGAUGGUGGAAGAUGAUGCCAUUCCUGAAGAGCAGAUCUUUAGUGUCUUACAGCAUCUCUUGGAAACUAGAUUCUCCGAGCCGCACCUCAAAAAUGCCCUCUACCUGAAGCUUUAUCAUCCUGAGAGGCUCCAGCGCUACUUCAACCCAGAGCCCAUGAGGAUUCUGGAGUGGUUUGGUGUGGGGAUGUUCCUGGGGCCCUUGCUUGGUUGGGCAUAUGUCAAGAUUGCCAACCUCCCGGGACUGAGCUACCGCAUUGUCCUUUUCUUCUCCUUGUACAGCAUGGGGCUGGCAGAGCUGGUGGGCCGGCACUACCUGCUGGAGCUUCGGCGGCUGGCCCCCGGCCUCUACAACGUGGUCCCCACAACAGAGUGCUGCACUCCUGCCAUGCUUUUCCCUGCCUCUUCAGCCCAGCGGACAGUGAGCUAUCUAGCCGAGAUAUACUGCCGCAAUGGCUUUGCCAAGGACAUGGCUCUCUAUUCCUUUCUGCAGGACAAGAAUGAGAGGGCCUAUGUGAUAGAGCCUAAUCUAGUGAGGCACGUUGGGCUCUUCUCCAGCCUCCGAUCUAACUAUAAGCCCAAAUUGAUAUAAAAUGCUGAGAAAAGCCUUUCUGGAUGUUGUAAAAGUCACUUCUUGGGUAUGGCUACACUUAGCCAUAUAUUUUUGAUUCACUUACUUUCUUUUUUUGUUUAACAUUGGGUAGAGAAGUAUUCAUUGGGAAAGUGAGGGGUUUAGGGGUGAAGUGCCUUAACAAUUCUUAACCUGCGGACUAGUGGCAGGCAGGAUACCAUUUGGAUACCAAGAUUCUUCCAUAUUCUCCACCAGGACUAGAUGAAUGUCAUUCAUAAAUGUCUUAUGAAUUCUGGAUAUUUUGACUUUGACAUUAGAACUUCUUAGCAGAUCAGACUCAGUAAAUCACUUUUACACACACACACACACACACACACACACACACACACACACACACACACACACACACUCAUUCAUUCACCCACUCAUUUUCCCCCAAAAAAGAGGGAGCACCUAAGAUUAAUUUUCAGUGAAAUAAUAGGAUGCCUCUUAAUGUCUUUGUAUGAGGGUUUAGAUCCAAUAAGAUCCUGGUAAAAUAUUCAUACAAAGACUGAAUGCAUACUGAAAGGAGACAAUAGGUUAUACCUGGGGGAAUUUGGGGGACAUUGCCCAAGGGUCUAAAAAGCUUCCAACUUCGAGGUUUUAGAGUUGUCAACUCUUUCAACAAGUCUGAAGGCAUAACCCAGCUGUACUCUUCAUUUUUUUUUUUUUUUGGUGAGGCAAUUGGGGUUAAGUGAUUUGCCCAAAGUCACACAGCUAGUAAGUGUUAAGUGUCUGAGGUCAGAUUUUAACUCAGGUCCUCCUGAAUCCAGGGCUGGUGCUCUAUCCACUGCGCCACCUAGCUGCCUCUCUGAACUCUUCAAUUUUAAAUGUCUCAGUUCUUUGUGGCCAGGAGCACCAGAAUUGGGAUUCAUUUGCCUUGCCAACAAUGAUCAAGGCUCCUAACCUUGUGACAGAUGGCUUAUUUUCUUUCUUCUAUUGUUUGCUUGGAUGCUUUUCAUCUCCAUGAGAGGUUAUAGGGGAGUACUUGUAUCAUGCACAUUUGUUCAUUCAACAGACAAUUGAUCCUACUUUGUGCAAGGCAUUUGUGCUAGCCAUUGAGGGGGAUACAAAGAUAAGUCAAAGGCCACAAAAUCUCAGAGUUGGAAAGACCCUGAGAUCCCAUCUAUUCUAGUCCAAUUCAUAAUUUAAAAAUCCCCUCUGCCAUAUACCUGACAAGUGAUCAUCCGGUCUUUGCCUGAAAACUGCAAUGGAAAGAAAAUCUUAACAACUCCCAAGGCAACUCAAUCUGCUUUUUGAUAGCUCUAAUUGUUAGGAAGUCUUUGCUUACAUUAAGCUUAAAUUUGCCUCUUCGUGACUUGUAUUCAUUUUUCCCAGUUCUGCCUUCUGGAGCAGAGCCUAACAAGUCUGAUCUCUCUUCCCCAUGACAGCUGUCCAAUAUUUUUGUAGGUGGAUAUCAGGUUGUUCUCCAGGAUAAACAUCUCCAGUUUUUUCAAGGGAUCCUCACAGGACAUGAUCAUAAGGUCCUUUUUCAUCUUAGCUAAUCUCUGGCUGCUAUCUACCUUACGAAUUAUCUGUCCUAAAAUAUAGUGCCCAUACUGGAACAUGACAUUCCAGGCAGUGUCCAAACAGAGCAGAGUACCAUAGAGCUAUCAUAUUUCUCAAUACAGAUAGUAUGCCUUUCUGUGAAGCCCAAGAUCACAUUAGCUUUCUGUUCUAAUUCCUUUGUGAAACAUAAUUUAGUAGAGAAGACAUACAGUAAUGAAGACCACAUACCCACAGGAAAAUGAAAAUCCAUUCAGGCUGAUUUAGAAAAAGCCUUUGAUUUUGUAGGUUUUUGAAAUAUCAACAACCAGCUAUCUAAUCAUUAAACUAAAAACAGGGAACACAAAUUGUCAUUAAUUACAAUGGAUAUACACAUACAUUAGUCCCCCGAUUUAGCAUCAGAUCUGGCUGAGACCUAUUCCAAGCUGUAGGUUCCCUGCCCUUGAUACCUUAUAACAAAACAAUUUCAUUCCAAAUAAAAGAAGGUAUUCUGCCAUUUGUGAAUGGUAUGGGAUGUCUCUUUCAAAGAACAGCUCAACUAAUAUGUGCAUAACAAUAACAAUUUGGAUUUUUUUUUUCAGUUCCUAGUUUGUGUAUUUCAUCUUCGGCAGUGUACUAUAAUAUAUCUUUCCUACUACAUAUGGAGUUUCCUCCUUCCAAUAACACAAGAAAGGUGUCAAAUUUCUGCUGGGGGGGGAAUGUUUUUCUGAGAAAGUCAAUUGAUUUGUUUGUGAUGACAGCAAAAGUUAAAUACAACAUAUUGCACAA